UGAUAGGAGAAAAAUAUUGACAGAUUUCGAGUCUGAACACGAAGAUAUUUGAGCGUUGACUUAAUUUUCAGACAUUUUGUAUGUAUCAGUAAAUGUCAUAAUUAAGAAUGCCUGGAAGGAGGAAAAGAAGGAGAAGUAGAAAGAAAUCUUUAGUGUUUACUGAAAGUCCUAUAAAUAAUCAGAAACAGUUACCCACCCCAGUACAUUGUGUAGACAACCCUGUUACAGCUAAAAUAGUACCAGUUGAAGAGGAUUCAUUAUGGGUGUCACCCCAGUUUCGUGAUAUACUCAGUUCUAAACGUGAAGCAAGAUAUGUGAGGCGAUGUCAUAGUACAAUUGUCACUCGAACAAGGAAUCCCUCAAAUAAGGAAAACACCACAUUACAUCACAAAUCCCAAUAUAGAAAUAAAUAUAAAAGUUUAAAAUUUCUGGGUGACAAUAGCUUUAUUGAAAGUGAAGAAGACAUUUCAUUUAGUUCUCCAAGCCCAAUAUCAAAUCGAGUCCAUGGUGUGGUUAAUAAUAAAUCCUUACAUAAAACUCCAGAAAGCAAUGGCCAAGGUAUGUCUUGGAGUUUAGAAAAAUUAAAGAGAUCAAAAAAGGCAUUUGAUAUCAGUUUCUCUGAAUCCCUGAAUGUGUCAACACCAACGAUGCCCCAUAUGAAUCAUACUCUAAAUAUCCCUGUUGACACUCAAACACAAGAUGUAACAUGUGUAGACAUUCCACAUCAGGACAUGGUAACUCCAAAAAAAAGUGAAAAGGUGCCAAGAAACAAUAAAGAUGUUCUUGAUGAUACAUUCACACCCCGUAGAAGGUCAACUAGACUCAAAGCUAAAUAUUUACAAGCUUUUGAACUGUUUAGAACUCCACCUCCAGAAAGACCUAACUAUGGGAAAAUUUUGGUCAAAGACACUCCAGAAUGUGACUACAAUCUUUCAGUUAGAGCCCGACAACUUCGUGAAAUACAAACUAAAAUUGUUGGAUAUAUAUAUUAUAUUAUAUAUAAUCGGUUGCCUGAUUGUAUGAUGAAAACGUGCAAUGUGAUAUAUGGUUAAAUCUCAAAUGAAUCAAUGCAAUAAUGAGUGUUUUUUGUACCUUGUUUGAAUGGCUAGCUUUUUGUAUGAUUGCAUGAUUUCUUUCACAGAACUGAAAUUUUUGUUAUAUAUAUAUAUUUUGUGAUCUCAAAAAGCAAUGUUU